ACUUAUCAAUUCCACUAGUGUUGAGAAUGAAAUUAUUUGUUUCUUGGUGGUAUUCACGAAUUCUCUUUAUCAUGCAUUACAAAUGCCACUUUCGUAUCUGGCUAAAACAACAAAUACUAAAAAACAAAUUGACAAAACGACGCCGCUUAUUAACUGCUACAUCUAAAACGGGGCCGUUUGUUAACUGCUACGUCUCGUGAUAGUUGAUACCUCUCUCCCUUUAUAUAUCUUCCUCUUCUUCUCCCUUCCAUUAUUCUCCACAAUUUCAUAACUUUCUUCCGCUCAACUUCAGAUAAAUUCGGAUUCUGUAGCUCUUUCAAUACGACUGCGGAGAUCAGAGCCAAUUAUUUGGUUAUGGCGUCUCUGAUCUCAGAUAUUGAACCGCCGACGAGUACUACUUCAGAUCUCGUUCGGAGAAAGAAGAGAUCCUCUGCUUCAUCCGCCGCAUCGUCUCGUUCAAGCGCAUCUUCCGUCUCCGGUGAGAUUCACGCGCGAUGGCGAUCGGAGAAGCAACAACGGAUCUACUCAGCCAAACUGUUCCAAGCGCUCCAACAAGUCCGCCUCAACUCUUCCGCCUCAACAUCAUCAUCUCCAACGGCUCAGAAACGAGGAAAGGCCGUCCGUGAAGCCGCCGAUCGAGCUCUUGCCGUUUCCGCUCGGGGAAGAACACUCUGGAGCAGAGCGAUCUUAGCUAAUCGGAUCAAACUGAAAUUUCGUAAACAGAGACGUCCUCGAGCUACGAUGGCGAUUCCGGCCAUGACUACGGUGGUUAGUAGCAGCAGCAACAGAUCGAGAAAACGGAGAGUGUCGGUGUUGAGAUUGAAUAAGAAGAGUAUACCGGAUGUUAACCGGAAAGUACGUGUUCUAGGCCGGUUAGUUCCCGGUUGCGGUAAACAAUCCGUACCGGUGAUUCUAGAAGAAGCAACUGAUUAUAUUCAGGCUCUGGAGAUGCAAGUGAGAGCCAUGAACUCUUUAGUUCAGCUUCUCUCCUCCUACGGCUCAGCUCCUCCACCGAUUUGAUGAGGUUAAAAUCGUCUUUUUAAUUCUACCAUCUCUCGAUCUUUCACAGCUUAUGUGUAUAUAGAAGAUUCGGUUUGAUUAUAAUCUGUAACUACUCUUCCCAACCGCUGAUUCUUCUCUGCUACAAGUAAAAGUAAAUUUUGAACCGAGUCUUCCCAUUUUUACGAUCCUCAAGUCUAAAUUAAGUAUAUGAUUGAUUAAUAAAGUCUUUACCAUUAGGGUUCAAAUCGUAGUUGGAUUAUUUGAUUUAGAUUGAUGAAUUCGUUGUUGAUCAAAAAAAAAAUAAGAUUGAUGAAUUCGUUAUUGGAGUUAGUGGGAAAAUGGGUUCCUCUUUUAACCUCAUAGUAUGUGAUAACUAAACCAAUAUGGAACUUUUGAUGUACUUUUAGUUCAUUCAAUAUGGCUUUGUACUAUAUCAUCUUAUGUACUAUAUGAAAUUUCAACAUGAAAUAGAUUUGUACUGCAAUAAAGUGGAAAGAAAAUAAUUUCCCAUUUAGAAUUUUAAAAUACAUUAUAGUAGAUGUAGGAAGAUAAUGGGUUAACUUUAGUUUUGAUUAUGGUAGCAUGUGAUGAUGCAUUAGAGAAUGAAUGGAAUGAUACAUUCAAAUUCAUUGAAUUGAAUGAUGACUGAUGAGAUUGAUCUGUCACUCAAUCAUCUACUCGCUUUAUUGCCCCUCCUUUGAAUCCCAUUUUUGAUACUUAUAGGUUGUUUGUCUUCUUUUUCUUUUCUUUUCCUUAUUUCACAAGAAAUAUAAAGGAAAAAAAGAAGAAAAAAGAUUAAAUUAGCUAAUAAUUCCCUGUUACUAAAUAAGUUUUCUCAAACACUAAUCUGCAGUUCUGCACGUACUGUAUAUCCUUCAAUAUUCAUCACGAAGCAAAACUGAAUAACCUGUAGUUAAAAUUGACUUAACAGGAGUUUGAUUCAUUAGCUUAAUUAAUAUACGAAUUUCUGUGAUAGGGAUAUGAUUUAAGAACACUGGAGUAUGACUAGGCGACAACAAGAGACAAGUGACGACAAAAGCAAAAAAUAUUUAAAACAUAGAGAGAAGUGACCUUAAAAGUAUGAGGAGGCACAUGGGAGUGGCCAUGCCUUUGUCCUCUUGUUUCUUUUUAAGCCUUCUCUUAUUAACUUGCACGACAACUCUUUUCAUCACAUAUUUCAUAAGUUAUAUUAUUAUUGCCAAAAGGGACAAACUAUUAGAGAAAAUAAACCGCAACAUUGUAGAAGAUUGGAUUAAAACUCGCCAACACACUAUUAGAGAAACUUGCCCAGAUAAAAUUAUGUCCAUGUCGAACACAGUUAUAACCAAGGAGCCUAAUUCCCAAAAAAUGAUUUUUAUAUUUGGAAACCAUCCAUUGCAGAUACUCCUGGAGGUUUCUCCUAGUCUUCAGUGCCGAAGAUUUCACGACAAAAGAAGACUUGAAAAUCUCGAUACUCUUUUGCGGAACUUUCCCACCGCGACACAAAGAGAUCACUCCACAGAGAUAUGAGGCAGCUUUGAGUCCUUUAGACGCGGCUUUUGCAAACAUUCGAUCCCUUUCUCUUCAUCAACAAUAUUACUGAAUAGCUUUAGUUAUAGGUCAUCGUUUGCGGUUUUGAUUUCGUCGAGGCAGACGUGUUCGAGAACUUGAGGGUCGUUGCAGAGAUUAUGUAAUGAUUUGCAUACGAGGCUGAAGUUGAACAAGCUUGAGUGAAGAAAGAGCCACGCGUGGCAAGAUCUCCUUCACAACCACUUCUUCUGGGAGAGACUCCAUUUUAUAGUGAUUUGAGAAAUGAUAUUUUAAUUUAGGGUUUCAACUUAGACGUUUGCUUAUUAAAUU